AUGAUUCCGGCUACUCCAUCUACAACAGCUGAGACCUUGAUAACCGCACUGGAGCAGUACGGCCAAGGAGACUACAUUGGUGAAUCCAUCAGUCAAUUAGAGCACUGUCUACAGGCAGCCAACCAAGCCCACGAAGCAGGAGCCCGGGAUGAGCUGGUUAUCGCAGCCCUUCUGCACGACAUCGGCCAGAUAAUCCCCUUGGAAUCUACUAAGGAAGUUCGCAUGAACAUCCGAGAGAGCAGCGAGAAUGUCGGCCGCGUCGGCCACGAAGCUAUUGGUGCUGCAUAUCUUCGAUCGUUGGGAUUCAGCGAGACGGUCUGCAAGCUGGUGAACAGCCAUGUUGCCGCGAAACGAUACCUUACUGCGGUGAAUAAAGAGUACUACGAUUCUUUGUCCUCUGCGUCGCAAAAGUCGUUGGCUUUCCAGGGGGGUCCUUUCCAAGGAGAUGAGCUGCGGGAGUUUGAGGAGGACCCGCUACGGGAUGAGAUGGUUUCUCUUCGUCUGUGGGACGAUAGGGCUAAGUUGGUGGGAGUUGAGGCAGUUACGCCGCGUGCUCGGGCUUACUUGGAUAUUAUUGUUAAUCACUUGUCAUAG